CUUGGUUCUUAGACAGGUAUCAGUUAGACUGAGGGCCACACAUGUUCUUACAUCAGCGACUUCAUGGAGAACAAGCACGCGCGGUAGACCUCUAUCAGUGAACAGUGUGUGGAGUGUAUGUGAGGUCUGGCCAGGAUGGAAGAAAAGAUGAGUGGAGCAGCAGCUGAACUGGCUGCUGCACCAGCAACUGAAGCUCCAGAGGCACCGCGCCGAGGCCGAGGCAGACCACGCAAACCACAACAGGAACCUGUUGACCCCCCUGCUCCCAAAAGGCCAAGGGGAAGACCCAAAGGGAGUAAAAAUAAGGCCAGUCGUAGUACACCCAAAGAGCCACCAAAGGAAAAAAGACCUCGAGGCCGACCAAGAAAAUGGCCUCAAAAACCAGUGCAGCAACAAGAGCAAGAGGUGGAAGAAGAAGAAGAAGAGGACCAGCCACACCUGCCAUUACCACAUGACAACCGCGUCUAGGCUCUGAGCCGCCGCUCUGUGCAAUAGGCUGCAUUUAGACAGUUAGAUCCAGCCUUCUCAUGUAGGUGUGUUAUCAAUCACUUGACAAAAGUACAUAACUUGAUCUUGGCAAUUCUCAAAGCACUAAUAUUAGAAAUACAUUCCCCUUAAUAACUAGAUAUCAAAAAACAUUUAGUGAAAAAGUCUGAACUGAGCACCGUGGAUUUAAUUAUCUAUAAUCAUAGGUUUUGAUUACAUAGAUUACAUAGAUAAACUGCAUCAAGUAAUAUCAGACAUGGGCUUAUUUAAAACCACAUUUGCAAAACAUAUGGAGCUAAAUGUGCACAUGACAAGACGAUCAAAGAGUGAUUUGGAUUGUGAACUGGAUUUGGCCAUCCCAUCCUUUCUGUCUAAAUGUAGCCAGAGACCGGCACUUACACCAGUUUUUUUCUACACUUCAGACUUGAUAAUAAACAUCUAACGGGUGCUUUCAGUAUAAAUUGAAAAACACUUUUACUUACAGCCAACAUGGGCUUGUAGUACAGAAUACAUAUAUGAUAUGGUACCAUAUAACUACUAUACCAUUUUACUUUAUCUUAAAUCACCACCUAUAUUAUUUUAUUUGUCUAAAUUUACAUUCUUUCUUUUGGCUGUUCUUACAAUUGAGAUGAUAUACUGUAUAACUGAGUGUUAACAUUCAUAAAUCUUGCCCCAAGACACCAUUAUAAUAAUAAUUAUUAUUAUUAUUGUUUUUUCUAUAUAAUAUAUGCUCUUAGUAAUUACAAUGAAAUCACAUUUCUUUCUAAGAUGAAUCCCAGAAAUGUUUUUUCAGUAUUUCCACACGUGUAUCUUGUUGUUCUUGAAAAUAUGUCAAACCUGCUGAAUUUUACUUUUUUUCUUUUGAAAAAAAGUCUUUUUUGUUUACAAUGUGAAAUAGAGUACUAGAUCACUUUCCACUGCGUGUUCAGUAAAUUUGACACAGUCAGUCAAAAAGCAAGAUGAAACUAAGAAAGAAAAAAAAGUAAGGAAAAUUGUUUACCACAAACAUAAAAAAGCUGUGUUUACCACUUAAGUACUGUUUUCAUUUUUUAAAUGAUGUGUAGUUUAAUGAUGCUGUUGGAAUCUCAAAAACUUCAUUUUUUUCAGUUUCUAUUUCUGUAAUUGGGCAAUUACUAGAAUACUAUACUUGUGCUUUUUUCUCUACUUUGCUCUGCUUUUUUAAAAUAACAAGCUUUUUUUUAAAAGAAAGAAAAAAUUGAUUGCAACUGCACUGAAUUUUUAAUUGCUGGUUUAUAAACAAUACUUACUUUGUCUUACUUCUCUUUUUUGAAUCCUUUAUUCAAGUUAUCACUUUAUCCUGGUCAGGGGUGUAGCGGAUCGACAGCAUCACUGGGUGUGUCCAUAUUGCUACAUGAAUUAAUACUGGAAUUGCAUAAUGUCUGUCUGUAAAAUACAGGACACAUUUAUAUAUUGUUUUUGCAUUUUCACAUUUUUUAAAUUGCUUUAAAAGUUAAUGACGCAAACACUGCUAAAGUCAAGGCUCAGCAAGAGGGAUUUUAGAACUUCGGACUUUGUUGUUUACCUCAGUUUUAUUCAUCAUCUCAUUAGUUAUUUAGUUUCUAUGAUCAAUGUAGAAAUCAUAUACAAAAGUAUAAUUUUAUAUUCCAUCCGUUACCAGAAUAAGUGCCUUAUGUUGCCGGUGUUAAUAUGCUAUUCAAUCAAGGAUGUGAUGCUUUUACCCUGAAUGAAAUGUUUAAAAAUCAACAGCUCAUGAAGGUUACUUCCAAACCGUGACUUAUUUUACCUCAGUUGUAUGCAUUUGAUAGCUCUUGUCUAAAACAAUUGAGAAGGAGCCUUAAAAAAGUGCAUGCAUUGUAUUGUGUUGCCCAUGUCAUAAGAAAAAAUAUGAAUACCCCAGUACACCACGCAGAUGUGACU